AUAUACUUGAUGCAUAUUUGUUCGCAGUGGUUAGCGCCGCAUCUAAAGAAUUCAACGUGUUUACGGAUCUUUAAUACUUUGUAGUAACUUAUAAGCAUUAAUUCAGUAUAAGUGGAGAUCAAUAUGACGCACAAGAAAAAAGUUCUCAUGGUUUGCUUAGGUAUUUCAAUUCAUUAUUUUGUAUGUGCCUGUGUGUUAAUUCUCUAAGCUAAAUUUAUUGAUUCAUCAAUUUUAAAUAAGUGGAAAUUAUUGCCAUCUUUCUCUUCUUCAAAGAAAAAGAAAUAGCUGUCGCUCCCCUAUGGCAGAAGCAGUGUUUCAGAAUCAAGUGCGAGAAAUGGGCUUGUCUGAUUUCUGGGAUGUCGAAAGCGCCGCUAUCUUGGGAUAUCAUGUAGGAAAUAAUCCUGAGCCCAGAGCGAUGUCCACUCUUCGAAAAGCCGGAAUUACAAAUUACUCUCACAUCGCGAGACAAAUCACAUUGGACGAUUUUUACAAGUUCGAUUGGAUAUUCGGAAUGGACGAGUACAACAUUUAUAGGCUGUAUGAAAUGCAACCGGAGGAUAGUCGAGCGACGAUCGAAUUGCUCGGGAAAUACGAUCCAGCCGGAUUAACUGUUAUACAAGAUCCUUUAUUUGAUGCAGAUAGCGCCGGAUUUGAAAAAGCGUUCCAGCAAGCUUUGAGAAGCGUACGCUCAUUUUUGGAAAUUAACAAGGUAUUUCGUAUUUUAAAAUAGAAAGAAAUAUAGUUAUAUUUAAAUAGAAAUUAAUAUAGUAUUAAGUUUUUUCUAGCUACAAAAUAUUCUAAGUAAUUCGCACCUCUUAGUAAAUAUUAAGUGAAAUGGAAAAUGUAAAAAUCAUAAUUAAUCUGAUAAUAAUUAAUUUAAUGAAAGUUAGUGAAAUCGACGAGAAACCUUACAAUAUCCGUUAACUUGUUACUUUCAAACGAUCGAUUACACAUCACAAUUAUGAUCGUGUACCUUAAAAGGAAUAAUGACUAGGCCUAGACGAGAAUGGUUAGUAUAUAUUUAACCGCAUCGAUGCGUUUGCACCUAGGUAUUACGAUGUCGCUCAGAAAUGCAACACUUUAAUCAUGCUUAGAAGGUAAAGCUAAUAAUAGAGUAUUUGCAUAUGCAUAUUU